AUGGAUUCCUGGACGGUCACAUCUGCUCUUCUUCUUCUCGCUGGUGCUAUCUCCUCUGCUGCUUUUAGUGUUUUCGACACCGAGUGUUACACUGCCAACGGAGAGGACUACAGGGGCUUCCAGAACCAGACCAGCCUGCAUGGUGGUAAACCCUGCCUCUUCUGGAAUGAGACCUUCCAGCACCCUUACAACACCCUCAAAUACCCCAAUGGAGAGGGUGGUUUGGGCAGCCACAACUACUGCAGGAAUCCUGAUGGGGACGUUCAGCCGUGGUGCUACAUUGCAGAUCAUGAAGACGGGAUCUACUGGAGAUACUGCGACAUCCCUACAUGCCAGAUGCCUGGGAACUUGGGCUGCUUCAAAGACAGCGGUGACCCGCCAACUCUGUCCGGCACCAGCGAGACCUCCAACAAACUCACCAUCCAGAACUGUAUUAGCUUCUGUAGGAAGCAGAGAUACAAGCUCGCUGGCAUGGAGUCAGGAUAUGCCUGUUUCUGUGGCAACGAAGUGGACCAGCGUGACCAUGGCAUGGAGUCGCCUAGCAUGGAGUGUAACCAUGUUUGCUUCGGCGACCACACCCAGCCCUGCGGUGGAGACGGCUGGGUCAUCAUCUUCGACACUCGAGUCGGGGCCUGCGGUGGAAACUACUCGUCUCCAUCCGGAGUGAUUUACUCCCCCGACUUCCCCGACAAGUACGGGGCUGGCCGUGUCUGCUACUGGACUGUCCAUGUCCCCGGAGCCUACGCCAUCCUCUUCAACUUCACCUUCUUUGAGAUCUCCGACCAGACGGACAUGGUGGAGCUCCUGGACGGCUACACCAACCGGGUUUUGGCGCGCUUCGACUGGCGCAGCCCGCCGAGGGAGCUGGUGAACGUCACAGGCGACUUCGUCAUUCUGUACUUCUACUCAGACCGCACCAACCAGGCCCAGGGAUUUGCUCUGCUUUACCAAGCACUCAGGAGCCAGGACACCAGAACAAUGGAGGCUGAGGGAGUCGGGGAGGACGAUGGGGACGACGUCUCCAGCACGGCGGGGCCCCAGCUGGCCGGCGGCGUCACCGAGAGAUCCAACAGCACCUCCAACGGACGCUCCUCCCAAAUCCUCUACGUGAUCACGUCCAGCCCCGGGAAACCGGAGCACAACAUGCCAGGUCAGUGGGCUGGACGCGGCGAGACCACCGGCCACAGCGCUAUGUGGACCAUUUACGCUCUGGCCGCUCUGCUCAUUCUGACAGUCAUAGCCAUGGUGGCGAAGCUGCUGCUGCACAUGACGGUCAAGUCUCCGAACAUCCCGACGGUCAGCGGCUCGGACAGCUGCAGCCAGAGCACGGCGUCCUCUGAGCCUUGGAUCAUCCUGUACCGGCCCUCCACCAUCUCCCUCUUCAAGAAGAAGCUAAAGAACCACCACGGCGACCUCAGCCCCCUGGUGGGCAACUAG